GGAAGGGGGAAGCUUUUCAAGAACUCCUUCGUAAGCUAGAACUACAGGAGCAUCUGAGCAGGAAACUCAGGGUGAGUGAUGUCCUUGAAAUCAGCCAGGAAAGUCUAAAGAAUGGAACUCCAGAGACAUUUGCAGAUUUACCUUGGCAUUUCCUGAGGAAACUGGUGGCUCUGAAUAUGAUGGCCAGAAACACAAGCCUUGUGCACAGGGCAACUGAUGAUGAAGGAGGCAGUGAGGAGAAACAGAGGUUAGAUGAUAUUUUGAAUUUUAGUGACACUGACACCAGAGUUUCCCUGCACCCCCUCGAUGUUCUCUGUGCUGUGCUGCUUUGCUCAGACAGUUUCCUACAGCAGGAGAUCCUGUCCAAAAUGUCCAUGUGCCAGUUUGCCCUCCCUCUGCUGCUACCUGCCCUCGACACCCCCAAGUGCACCCUAAUGCUGUGGGCCAUGAGGGACAUUGUGAGGAAGUGGAGGCCGCACUCCCUGGCAGAGAGCAGAGGGUUCAGAGAGGAGAGCCUGGUGCACACGUCAAUGCCAACCAUUUCCUUUGUGCGGCUGGGGAGCUGCAACUUCUCCAAGUCCAAACUUCUCAAUGAGAUUCUCAGCCUCUCCCAGCAGCACCACGAUUUCUUUAUGCAUCGGGACAUGGAGUCUGGGAACGUCCCUCGGGAAAUCGCAGAUGGGCUGGUCGAGAUUUCCUGGUAUUUCCCUAGUGGGACAGAGAAUUCAGAUAUUUUCCCAGAGCCCGUUGCGGUUGCAAACCUGCGCGGAGACAUAGAGUCCCACUUGCCACAGUUCAGCUUUUUAACAGAGAUCUCCUCAGCAGUGUUCAUAGUUACUGAGAGCAUCAACGAGAGACAAUACACGCUCUUAUCAUCUCUGCAGGGAUCAGCCACUAAAUACUACUUCAUGGUUAAUAAUCAGGCUGUGACGUCCAAGGAAACACUGGCAUUCCUGAAAAAGUUGGCCCCAGGGCUGAAACUGAACAACUCACAUGCGCUGCAGAAAGGACGUGCCACAAAUGAGGCGGCUUAUGUAAAAGCUCUGCAGUCUGCAAUAGCAGCUGUAAUGACGUCUUCUCCCAAGAGAAUGAGUAUAGAAGCCGUGGCUGAGACCGGACGUCAAUUAGGCAUCCAGGUAGAUGAGGAUAAUAAGAAAUGUCAGCAUGCCAGUGAAUAUGCCAAGGAAAUCACUGUACACAUAAAAGAUGUGGCAAAGUACAAGAGGGAAAAGCUGAGACUCCAAGGGGAGCCAUGGAAAAACUUGGCUGAAGUGGAAAAGGAGCUGUGCCGACUGAAAAAGCAAGGAAACAUCCCUCUGGAGAAAUAUAAGUCUCAACUGAAAGAGAAAUCAAUAGAGUUACGUGUUCAGCAGAAACACCUCCUGGAGCAGAUGGAUGAAAUGACCAAAGCUGCAGCAAACAUGGAAAAGAAAGGCAGGGAGAUGACAUUUUCUGAUAUUAUGGAUUAUGAUCUAGAAAAACACAAUUGGUACAUUCCUGCUCUGUGGCAUGGAGUCCCGCCUAUGGCUCCAGUGAAUAUGGGAUACAGUGAAAAGGUUUAUGAAUUAAAGAAAUAUUUGUUUGAAUUUCUGAAAGGCUGUUCACAAAACAGAUCUCCCAAGGACAUCCCCCAAUUUCUUGAAUGGGUGAAGAGCAUGUGGAAUGCUGUAAAACAUGAAAACUUUAUCUUCAGCUUUAGAAACAGUCUUGUUGCUGACGCCUAUAACCAGUUGUCUGUAAAUUAUGCAGAAUGGGAAUGGGGUUUCCGCAAGAUGAUGCAUCUCUGGGUAUCUGAAAAGGAAACUUUCAUCCAAAAUCAGCCACCAGAUAAACUAGACACCAAUGUUUUAACCAAACUAAAGAACGAGGUACAGAACAAACUGAGACAAGAAGCAGAGAAGAUUUUGGAUAAUUUAAAACAGUAUUUUGAAAGUGGAGCAGAAAAUCUGCACCUGAUAGAAAAGUACAAAGAAGAUUUUAGGAGAAGUGCAAACGGUCUGAGGAAUGAACUGGAGAGUUAUUCAUUCAGCAAGUUGAAAGAAGCGAUUGAAAUUAGAAAAGGCCGACAUAAAACAGAUGCUGUCCUGUCACAGUACAAGAGAAGAAUUGAAGAGAAAGUUGACAGGCUUCUGAAUCAUUGCAGGAAAAGCAAAUGCAAACUAAAUAAUGAUGAACAGGAGAAAGAAUUUGAAACCAUGUGGAGAGAAACAUUGUCAGAAUUAUCACUCAUUCCUUUACAGAAACGCAUCAUAGAUAAGGAUGUGGAGUUCCAUUUGAGAAGAGACCUAGAGAAUAGGGGGAGUGCAGCAUGGCAGAUGUUAAAGGAGGCCAAAAGCUUGUCUACUUAUAGAACACACAAUUUCAAAAUGAAAAAUGAAUACUUAGACUUCAGUGUGCUCAAAUGUAAGAACAUAUCAGAGUCAGCUGUAAAAGCGUUGCAAGGUGUGAAAGAGUUCUUUACACAGGAACGCUGGCAUAAAACAGAGGCUCUGGCUAAAUCCUUAAUAGAUGAGUGCAAUAGCUACACUGAAGAAAAGGCAAAUGGCAAAGCAGAUUACAAUGAUACUUAUUGCAGAGAGUUGUUGCGGAUGAUUAACGAGCAGCUUCAGCAGGCUAAUGUUCAAAACCUUCACAUCAGCACUUGUUUUGAAGUUGACCUGAAGCUUCACAUUUUGGGGGAUGCAGCUCGGGCAUUUCAGAAGAUGCAUGAAGAAUUCAUUACAGAAAAUGACCCUCUGCAAUGUCUGGGGAAACUGAAACCUCAGUAUCUCUCCACAUUUAAAGCUCUGUACUUAGAGAAGGACGAGUGUCAAGAUAGGGCCUGGAAUUUUUGUGAUCAGUGUCUGAGACCUGCCCUGGUGGACUAUGUGAACAAGAGACUUGGGAUAGAAAUCGUAGAUGACAUUCUCAGCAGUGAACAGUCUAUUGAGUACAGCACCCAAAACUUCUUCCAAUUCUUUGUUCUGAAGCAGCUGUUGGAAGAAAAUGACUUUAACAAUUAUGUGCAAUACACAAGGAAUUAUGUAGAUUUUAUCAAAACCCGGAUACAGAAACAUGUGUUAACACGUUACAGAGAGAAGGCAAAUUUGGGAGAUUUGGAAAAAAGGAUUUUCUCCCCAAUAAUUAAUAAACUCAGUGAUGUUCUGAAAAACUCCAAAGGUGAGAAGACUAAGACAGUCUCUGCCUUUUUAGACAACUUUCGUGAAAAGCUGCAGCAGGAUCUAGUCAUUCCCAGGGAUAGCUUAGAAGUGAUACUGUUUAAAAACACAGCAAGUGCAGACCAAUUUUCAGCUUUUAUAGAACAGUUUAUUCCUGAUCUGGAAAAACAAGUUUUAUCCACUUUUGAAAAUCUGGAAAUUCAGUCAAAACUCUCAAAACUUGCAGUGAAGCCCCAGGAUGAGAUCUUCAAGCGAGUGUUUGGCUGUGGGAAGCAGUGUCCAUUCUGUAAAGUCCCCUGUGACGCAGGAACCCCUGCACAUUCAGAGCAUUUUGUAGCAGUGCAUCGACCUCAAGGAUUAGGAGACAGCCGGUGGGUAACAACAGAGAUACUUACCUCUGAUAUUUGCUCCUCUUCUGUGGCUUCCAAUAACAGAUUCAGAUGUACAGAGACAAAAUGGGAACCUCAUCCUUAUAAAAAUUAUCGGAAAUCAGGGGGCAGCUCCCCAGAUAAAAGGGCACCAGG